AUGGAUGUGAAGCACAGUCCGAAGAUUAAAAGUGAACCAGUUACGCCACCGGAUACUAAUAGGCGACGUCGACUGCGCUCUCCGAUGAUAAUUGAUCAUAAAAAUGAUAUUAAAGUAAAGCGUUCGAGGCUUUCUUCUCCAGUUUUGAUCAAUGAUCACCAAGAGCAUGAUAUAAUUAGACGAGACUUAAAGCCUGAUCCAGAUUUCGGCGACCGAUCUCGCAGGGACCGUCUUCACCGCAGUCCACGUCAUUCGCGUCGCGAAUAUCCCAAUACCCAUGACCGCCACAGUAAAGAUUCUGGUACAAAGUCUCGGAACUAUGUAGAUGAAUCCAAGCCUGCUUCCGAACCAGGCCCUAAAGCACAGGUCAACUUUGAACUUUCUGGCAAGUUGGCCGCAGACACAAACUCCUAUAAAGGUGUUGUAAUAAAAUACAAUGAACCGGAGGAUGCCAGAAAGCCCACCCGGUUUUGGCGACUCUAUCCUUUCAAAGGUGACGAGAGUCUCAAAGUGAUGCACAUCCAUCGACAAAGUGGGUAUCUUAUUGGAAGUGAUACACGUGUU